AAAAAAGACUUUUGCGCAAAAAUGUGAUAUUAUCUCGACAAAGUUCUGUUUUCUCUUCAUCGUACUGCCAUUAUUCUUCGUAUUCCCAUGUUCGUUUCGUGAUUGCGCGAAGCCGUAGGAGAAUCGCGAAGUGAUAUGAUAUGUUUGACAAUUGCCAUACAUCGUACGUGGGACCAAAGUGUUCGGAGGUGGCCGAGAAGCUGGUGCAGAUCUUCGGAUGGCGGCACACUUAUAACGUCGAGAAGCUGCAGAGGAAUGUCCCGGGACGGGACACCACUCGCAUCUCGAUCACCAGACCCACCUACAUUAAAGCCACAAUCAACGAAAAGGGUCCCGAGUCAUGGCUUGCAGUUCACAAUCUGCAAUCGCAGGGUGGAGGAAUCUUGGACCCGGACGAUCGGCUCAGCGAUGUCGUUGAUGAUCGUGAGCAGAUUUUGGCCUCGUUCGAGGAUGGCGAAGGAGCCCAUCAUCACGGGGGCGGAGAUGGAGCGAGCGGCAGCUCGGUAGGAACCGGAAGCCCCGACAUCUUUCACGAUGGCGAACACAAGUACGGCCCUGGGUACUCGAGGACCGACAUCGAGGUAACAGGAGAGCAUCUGGCCAACGGCGUGGGUGGCGCUCUUCAAGUGAGAAGAGGAAGCGAACCCGCUUUGAACCAGCUUCCGGUGGGUCCUCCGGCGCCCACGGAACACACGAAGAGAUGGAGCGCCGCUCCGUUGAUACUCGAACCACCGAUCACCGGGUACCUCAACAUCAGCACGGAUUGGGCUGACGAUUCCCGUGAGGAAGAGGAGGAUGAAAGACCUGGGACUAGAGGGAUAGCGCGAGACGGAAGCAACAGACUGAGCAUGCAAUUCCUUGGAGAUGGGGGCGGAUACAAAUGGGCUGAAGCAGCGGAGCGCGCAGCUAACGCUAGGAACCAUACCAGCACUUCACUUCCAAGAGAACAAAAGCGGAAAGAACCAUUGGGCCAAGCUAACAAUUCAUCAAGUCCGAUUUCCACGCUGGAAAAGAACGACAGAGGUGAAUUGAUCGUGAUCAGGAACGAACCGGGACCUUUGGGCAUCCACGUGGUCCCCGAUUACGAUCGCCAAGGUAAAGACAGAGGACUCUCCGUGCAAGGUAUAGAACCAGGCGGUCGUAUCGACAGGGAUGGAAGACUUGCUAUUUUCGAUCGCAUCAUCGAAAUUAACAGUCAAAAUCUCAUCAACAUGCCAUUCCCAAGGGUGCAAGAAAUGUUUAAACUCUCUUUGACAUCACCGGAGCUUCGCCUGAGAGUUAUCAAAGCCACAGGCAUCGAUAAUCUGAUGAAGCCUCCACCACCCAUUUAUCCGCGCCUCAUGGAAGACAAGGAGAAUAUUGAAAAAUUAGUCGAAUGCGAACAAAAACAAAGUACAAAUACCAAAGUGGCGACGGUGUCUCCGACCAAGAAGAUCCCGUCCGUGCCGAAGAAUUUGAAAUCUCUUCUUUCUGCAAACACGAGAAAGAUCGGUCGCAAGAUCGAAUUGGAGCUCACCAAAGGGCCGCACGGUUUGGGCUUCAGUAUCACGACCAGGGACAACCCUGCUGGCGGGAAUUGCCCCAUCUACAUUAAGAAUAUCAUUCCGAAGGGUGCUGCUGUUGAAGAUGGAAGACUGAAAAUUGGGGACCGACUUCUGGAGGUGAACGGCGUAGAGAUGACGGGAAAGAGUCAAUCGGAAGCGGUUUCCGUUCUUCGCAACGCGCCGACAGGAAGUAAAGUCAGGAUAGUGGUUUCCCGGCAGGAGGAUGUCCCAGAUAAUUCGCUACCUCGAGUGAUUGGCGUUGAUCCAAUAGUCGAGAAGAGCGAGAGCAGGGAGGAUGGCUCCAAAGAGGAGAACACACCCCCGACGAUACCUCCGUUACCACAAAAUCAUCAGCGCCAGCAGAGCCUAGACAAGGCAAGCAACGUCGCCAAAAUCAUUUCACAAUUCCAAGAGGCCGCGAAUAUCUCGACUCCGGCGGAUAAAUCUGAUGAUAGUUUAUCGUUGCCAUGGAAGCACAAGGAUUUGCGAACGUUCAACAUCCCCGUUCACGACUCGGAGAAGGCCGGUCUGGGGAUCAGCGUGAAAGGUAAGACGAGCGGCUCCCAAGACUUGGGCAUCUUCAUUAAGACGGUCAUUUACGGAGGGGCAGCUUCGAGAGACAAUAGACUGAGGACAAACGAUCAGCUUCUCAACGUCAACGGCAUUUCGCUGCUUCACCAGAGCAACAGCGAUGCCAUGGAAACGUUGAGGAAAGCCAUGUGCCACACCGAAGGGCCUGUCCCUGGCAACAUCACUCUGACUAUCGCCAGAAGGGCACCAAGUCCUGGCCUCAACAGGAGCUACAGGAAUCGCAGCAUGGACAGCAGCCUCCUCAACUCCACAGCUGACACGGAUUCCGAUCCAUCACUUAACGAUCAUUCAGGAGGAUCAACGAACACAGUGAUCUUCAAUCCGCACAAAUCACCGCACGACUCCAGCAAAAGCUCUUCUUUCAAUCAGAGUAUCGGAAGCCCGAUGAACACCUGGAACCCGGUAUUGGAUCGGCUGAUGGGCAACAAUAACAAGCAGUUGCGUAACGAGAGCUACUACAAGGCAACGAACGAUACUUGGAACCAGAGCAUCUAUUCACCGAACAUUUCCGGAGGAGCAAACAUCAUGAGCACGACGGUGAAUCUUCCCACAGGAGAACCGGUCCUCAUCGAAGACGAGUACGGCUCUAGAGUCAUGCAACACAAUCGUCCAAAAAAUCAUCACUCUCCCAAUAUCAGCAGCCAUUUGAUGAUUCAGAAAUCCUCAAGUCAAGUUCAAGAGAACCGCAAGGAUCACGAACCCGAUGGCAAAGCAAGUCUGAACGAUAAAACCAUGGAUUCUUCACAAAACAGUCAAGUGGUCUGCACCGAUGUAACAUACGCAAGUCAACUAUCAUUAGAAAACCCUGCAGACUUCUGCAGGGACGCGUUCGGAAGACAGAGCAUGUCAGAGAAGAGACACACAACCUUGGAUCCGAAGAACACAGACACCUACCAAAGGACGAAGAAGAUUCGCGAGGAACGCGAUAAGAUUCGUAAAGAAACUAAUCUUGUGCGAGUCGGAUCUGUGGAGUCUGUAAUCAGUGUUAAUAGGUCAUCAGAGCAUCCAGAAUAUGCGGACAAGUUGGGGCAACUGGGACCAUCUUUGGGAAUGAAGAAAUCUUCCAGUUUGGAAUCACUGCAAACUAUGGUUCAAGAGAUUCAAAUGCAAGAAGAAGGUGAUCCAGCUUACAGUUACCGCGGACCCUCCGGAGCGCUUAAAGUCAUAAGAGGUCGAGGAUGCGAGGAAAGCUUCAGAGCAGCUGUGGACAAAGAUUACAACAAGCACAUCGUUGAUCCCAAUCAUCGUAGCGAAAUCAGUGCAAAGAAACAUUGGUUGUUGGAUCCUCCGGUGGAUUACGAAAAGGACGGAGAAGGUUUCAACAAUGUUCGAGGAGGUCCAAGACAAUCCUCGCUAAAUGCAGCCAUCGACUCAAAACACAAAGCAGCAAAGAAGAAACCAUCAAUUUUCAAAGGAAUUGGUUCGAUGUUCAGAUUUGGUAAACACAGGAAGAUCGAUUUUCCGAUCGAGACUCAACACUACCAGUCGAACAACGAGUUUGAUAAUGUGGAUAACUACGCUAAUAAACCUGUGACAACUACUGAAGCUGAAGCCCCUAAGAACGAGAAUAUGGUGCAAGCUCAAGGCGGUGGUCAGGAGAGCGCGCAGACCCAACCGCAGCAGCAGCAGCAAGGAGCGCACAGGGAGCCGAUUUACCAAAGACACGGCUUCAUGCAUCAUCACGCUGAACAGGUGCAGGUGAUUCCUGAAAAUGCGACCAUCCAACCGGUCAGAUACAGGAAUAACCACGAACCCUCAAACCACGGAAGAAGUAACCUGAUGAAAGCGCACGAACAAAGGAUGGCCAGAAACUCUUACUACCCACCAUCAUCUGAAGAACGAGAGCCCCACUACGAACAACUGCCCAGACAGCAGCAGCAGCAAACGAGGGUUGUUGCUGAGCAGAACGGGAAUUACGGAGAAUAUGGGCGGCCCGGAAGUCGAUCAGGAAUAACAGAAUCCGUACCGUUCACACAUUACGUGAAUUACAAUGAACUCCAGACGCAUCUCAGUCGCUCCGAUCAACUGUCUGAUUCUCAGAUAGUGCAGAUGCGCCUUCAGGUGCAGCAGCAGAGGUUAAAGGUGGAGGAAGAAAGCCGAAAGCAGCAUCAGUACCAUUCCCAGAGGCAGCCCAGACAGGACAACCAGCUGAGACCCGUAUCAAAUUUCUACGAAUACGAGAGCGUGCAGUCUCUGCUGAACACGCGAGGACGAAAUCUCUACCAGGAUAACAACAACGCCAUGGGUAGACAACAGCAGCAACCAAGGCAACAUCAGAAUGCUAAGCAACAGCACCAUCAACAACGAGGUCCCUUCGUUACGCAAGUAACCAUAGGCGACGGUUCCCAACAGCAGCAGCAGCAGAACGGAACCAAAGUUUGAAACCGAGUCCAUUCCAUUGAAAGUAUUAUAAAAUGUUUAUAAAUAUAUGGCUUUAUAUGUGUAUUGUUUGCGUUACAAAGCUUCACGAGGAAGAAACGUAAAAAGCUUGUGAUUCAAAUGAUUAUUUUUUUUUAAUUUCCCCCAUUAUUUUGUUCUUGUAAUAU